AUGCGUUCGAAGCGACGAAGUGGAGAAAGCGACUCGUCAACACAUGAGGAACGAGGCGAUUCUGCUGCUAUGAAAUUAUUUCCUCUGAUUACAACAGCAUACGCGUGUUUACUCAUUCAAUUACUGGUCAUACCCUCAAGUGGAAACUCACAAGCACUAUUGAAUGGAUCGUUUAACUUAAAUGGACACCAAUGGACUCAAAAUAUACUUACGACGGAGAACAUGGUCCACUCACGCAGGCUACAGCGCAAUGCACAAAAUACCGUUGUUUCAACAACUGGGGCUGCGACUACACGAGCAGUUGUCACAGCAAUUAAAAUUGUGGCGUCCGAGCCUGCCACAACCUCUAAACCGACAACGACGACCCCAACGACAUCGACGAGAGAAACGACAACACCUACAACGUCUACAAAAACAACAACGACAACAACAACGGAAAAAACGACGACGACGACAACGUCUACAACAACAACAACAACAACAACCAUAACCACAACAACAACACAGAAACCGACAACAACGACAACAAAAAGAGAAACAACAACAAGAACGACCGUGACCACAACACCAACAAAGGAAACAAGACCAAAAAUAGAGCGGUCCUCUAAACUCCACACUGUUAGUGCACCGAGUAUCGCUGAGGAAACUACUGAAGACUGGGAUUUUGGAAGUGUGCCACCAGAAAUGUCGCGUGAAAGAAGAAACAGAGGCAGCAAGAAAAAAGAAAAAGAAGAAACAAUCCCAAUAAUUAUAAUUUCGAUUGUUGUUGUCUUGUUGUUUGUUGUCCUGACUACUUCAGUAGUGAUUACACUAGUGGUAUAUCGCCAUCAAAAGAAAAAAAAGUUGAAGCAGCAAAAAAGUGUGCAAAAAGCAGUUAAAAAACCUCGGAAAAUGGCAUCUCAGAAUCUUAACGUUGAGAAGUUCACCCAUGUUGGUCCUCUCGUUCUUGAUCCCAAGUUAAAAGGCCCUGUAGUGCAUGCCGUCGAAGACACGUGUGGCGCUAGUGCUAUCCAAAACGUUCAAUUUGAUCCACGUCUCAAUGAAAUUGUCGACAUUGGUUCCAACAUAGAAGUUCUGAAGGAUAAUGGACAGACUACUACGGAGGUAACGGUAGAUGAAAAAGCAUCUGUAUCUGUUAUGAAGACAUUAAGGCUAAAACAUUUCCAGAAGGCCCUCGGCAAGAGCAGAGCAAAGGGAGACGAGAGACGGGCCGGUACUCCCGUUACACCGGCAAAGGCACCUCAAAAUGGAACUCCAGUGGCGAGAAGUGUACCAAGAGGAGUGAAGAAAUAA